AUGUACACCAAAGCUUCUUCGACUUGCGGAACAGGUAGUGUAAACGUUACUGCUGUAAACGACACUAUGUGGACCAUACUCACGCCGUUGAACCUCGCGGGCUUUUGCAAAGACGUGCUUAGCGACAUCACAGCAGAGAAGUUGUGUUCUGACUGCUACAUGAAGACUGUACAGUUAGGAUUCAGCGAGCCGCUAGAGGCCGAUGACGGAUGGACGCCAGACGAUUUUAACUCACUGAAGCAAUCUUGUGGUAUACCCACGAGUUCGUACCCCGUGAAGCCAACUUCACCAGUGGGAACACCCGGCCCAACACCUACAUGCACGACCAAAGCCACUGCAAAGGCCGGCGAUACCGCCAACGCACUUGCCAAAAGUCUCUCCGUCUCGACCGACCGUCUUCUUACUUACAACAACCUUCCUUUGUCGAUGAAUGAGACUUUCAAGGGAGGAGAGGUUCUGUGUCUCGACAAUGUUGCGAAAUGUGUGCUUCGCCAAGUUGUUGUGGGCGAUACUUGCAGCUCUCUGAUCAAAGCCAGUGGCAGCGGUGUAGAUUCGCUCAUGUUCACCAGCUGGAACCCAACAAUCGGUCACGAUUGUCUGAACCUUGCAUCCAUGGCAGGCAAAUAUAUUUGCAUCUCCCCGCCGGGAUCAACGACACUCUUCACGCCAAUUGGAGGCGAACCAACACCUCCGGCCACGACCAGCAAGGCACCAGAAUCGACCUAUAGCUGGGGCAGCGUGCCAAACUCGGUGUCUAGCUCUAUGAACUUUACAACGUCUUGGUUGUUCCCGACAGACGGGGUGUCGAUACCAACGCUCACUGCAACCGCACAACCCCCAGAGUCCGUCACCGCGAUCGCGGCCCGCAUUUCCAACUGCCCCUUCCUCAAAGAAGACGAUCCAUCCUGGGACGCGGGACUAGCCGACGACGAAGUCCACCUCCACUCCUGGGACCUCUCCGACGAAUGCCUAGAGUCCUGGGACCCCUACUGCAACCCCGACCCCACUGCCGCCAUUCUUCCCAGUCCUACCAACAUCGCGUCCUCAUGCUACCCCACCGUUUCCACCAUCAUCCCUGACGGCUGGGUCGCUCCUCCCGCGCCCACCAGCACGGGUACACCCAACAACUGCAACAAAUGGCACGUCGUUGGUCCGGGCGAUACUUGCAACGGCGUCGAAGCAAAAUACAAGAUCUCGGACUCGUUGUUCCGGCAAUGGAACCCCACCAUCAAUGCGCAGUGCGGGAAUCUGGGUACAGGCAUGGCAUAUUGCGUGAGAGUGUGGAUCGAGCCCUCUACUACCAUCUCCUCGAUGCCGAUAACGAGUACGAUGAAACCGUCUUCCGUAUCGUCUGCGGGUCCGCCGGGCCCAACACAGUCGGGUACUAGCCCGACUUGUACGAAGUGGCAUGUGUAUAAGCAGGGUGAUACUUGCGAAUCGAUUGCGACGCAGUAUGGCAUUAUUGUCAGUCGAUUCCGCCAAUUGAAUAGGGGCGUCGACUCGCAGUGCAGUAAUUUGGUUCUUGGAAACGCUUACUGUGUGGGAUGA